GUGUUGUCUAAAUCAAAUUUUAUUUUAAAAAAUAGUUUAACGCAAAACAUUCUAAGUAACACAAUAGAAAUGGGCAAGAAGAAUAAAGAUCUUGGCCGUCAAUUGAUCAAGGACCGUUUUGGUCACACCCCACGUCGCAAGGUGGACAAUGAAACAAUGUUACACACAACAGAAUUACAGGAUGGUUAUGACUGGGGCCGUUUAAAUCUUGCCUCUGUCACCGAGGAGUCCUCAUUUCACGAUUUCUUACGUACCGCCGAAUUGGCUGGCACUGAAUUCCAAGCUGAGAAGCUAAAUAUUACAUUUGUGAAUCCCAAACAGCGUGUGGGACUUCUCAGCAAAACACAGGAACAGCGCAUGCAUCAGAAGCAUCAUGAGCACAGAGAUCAGUUAAAAAUACCGCGUCGUCCCCAAUGGACCACAGAAACCACUCCCGAGGAUUUGGCAGCCGCCGAAAACGAAAGCUUUCUCAAAUGGCGUCGCCAGCUAGCUCUACUACAGGAAGACAAUGAAAUUCUUAUGACACCUUAUGAGAAGAAUCUAGAAUUCUGGCGUCAAUUGUGGCGCGUCGUCGAACGCUCGGACGUUGUUGUGCAGAUUGUGGAUGCACGCAAUCCGUUGCUAUUUCGCAGUCUUGAUCUGGAGCGCUAUGUAAAGGAAGUAAAUCCAGCAAAAAUGAAUGUGAUUUUGGUAAACAAAUCAGACCUGUUGACAGAGGAGCAGCGCAAGCAUUGGGCUGAGUAUUUUGACUGUGAGGGCGUACGCACAGCCUUUUUCUCAGCCACACUGGCCGAGGAGAAUCUCAAGCGUGAGGCGGAGCUGGCCAAAGAGAACGAAGAUGGCAAACCAUCACUAUCGUUGCUUGAAUUGCGUGAAGCAGCCGACGAGAUACAGCAAUCAUUGGACGUUUUGGAGCAAACACUAGAGGUCAUAGAAAGCAAAAUCCAAACUGGUCCCCACACACUGCCCAAGAAUAAGAACAGUCCAUGUCUGCUGUCGCGUCUGGAGCUUAUAGACUUUUUGCGCAACAUCUAUACGGGACCACGCAAUACGGAAGAGCAUGUGACCAUUGGCAUGGUCGGCUAUCCAAACGUAGGCAAAAGCAGUACCAUAAAUGCUUUGAUGACACAAAAGAAGGUGUCGGUAUCGGCCACGCCGGGCAAGACCAAACGCUUUCAGACGCUCUUUCUUGACCGGGACAUAUUGCUGUGCGAUUGCCCCGGCCUGGUCAUGCCCAGCUUUGUCCUAACCAAGGCAGACAUGUUGCUUAAUGGCAUAUUGCCCAUUGAUCAGAUGCGCGACCAUGUGCCGGCUGUGAAUCUUCUCUGCGAGCGCAUACCGCGCCAUGUGUUGGAGGAUAAGUAUGGCAUUGUGAUACCCAAGCCGCUCGAAGGCGAUGAUCCGAAACGUGCACCCUUUUCUGAGGAGCUACUACUCGCCUAUGGCUACAAUCGCGGUUUUAUGACCUCCAAUGGGCAGCCAGAUCAGGCACGUUCUGCCCGCUAUGUGCUAAAGGAUUAUGUCAAUGGAAAGCUGCUCUAUGCCAUGGGUCCGCCCUCGGUCGUGCAGUCCGAGUAUCACACCUUUCCCGAACGCCAACGCAAGCCCGUCGAAGAAUCGAAGCUGCCCAACCAACAGCAGCGCGCUAUGCGUAUUAACAAGAACAUGUCACAGGAGCUGGAUAAGCAGUUCUUUGCUACACAGCCAAGCCAUGCCCAUGUGAAGGGGCGCACCAACUUUCCGCACCUGCGACUGGCCAACAAUGGUAACGUUAUGGUGAGCAGUAGCGAGGAAUCGGCUGAGGCCAAGCCCUGGCGUCAUGUGAAGAAGGAACGUCGUGAGAAGCUGCGUCGCAAGUUCGCCCAUCUGGACGAGCACUAGAUGAUAUAUGCGAAACAGUUAAGUCAAGGCUUUUCGUUUUUUUUGCUCUUGUUAUUUAAGCAUCGUAAUGUUGAGUUAAAUUAAAGUAAUCUUAGAAUAAAGGAAUACCAUAGGGCGCUUGAUAGGUGUUCGAAAAAUGUAUGCACUUUGAGCGCUGCUGAUAAACGAGAAGUGUAAACAAAUGCGUGUGUAAACAAAAAUUUGCUGGCAACGAUUGUCGGGUUGUAUUUGGUGUCGGUAGGCGAUGGGGCUUUGAGCCCCAAGAAAUACGAUCGCCUUAUUGUAUAGAGCGACAAGAUCUAUCUACAAAUUACGUAGAGACAACGACCCACAGUGGUACAUAUUUCUUCAUUGUGCUAUGGAUUUAUUAGUUUGGUCAGAUGUUGUCGUUUAUUCAUACUUUUGCUUAAGAAACAUACAUUUUUAAGACUCUAAAUAUAUAUAUUUUUUUAAUAUCUAUAAGAUUUUAUUUAAUGU